AAAGAUAAAUAUACUGAAAUGAUAGAUACAGUGUGACCUACAUGUCUUAAAGUGAAGAUAAAAAGAAGUUUUAAAAUACGAAUUGAAUUAUAAAAGAUAACCAUGCCGUUUGAUUUUAGUGGAAAGAAGGUCCUUGUUACAGGAGCAGGAAAAGGGAUAGGACGAGGGGUUGCUAUUGCAUUGAGUGAAAGUGGCUGUAAAGUAUACGCCCUUAGUCGGACAAAGUCAACACUUGAUACAUUGGUGGAAGAACAUCCAAGCAUUGUGCCUAUUGUAGCGGAUUUAUGUGAAUGGGACGAUACGAGAGAAAAGUUGGAGAAACUAGAAGUUUUGGACGGUUUGGUGAAUAACGCCGGAAUAGGAGGGAAUGAAUACGAGGCUGUGGAUUGUCCGAGGGAAUACAUUUGGAAAAUACUGGACAAUAACUUGCUUAGUGCAAUAAACUGUACACAAGUAGUUGCAAAGAAAAUGAUAGAAGCCAAUAAGAAAGGAUCGAUCGUUAACAAUUCAAGCACCGGAGGUAUAGCUGCUUUCCCGAAAGGAUUACCCUAUAACGUGUCUAAAGCUGGAAUGGAUAUGGUUACAAAGCAAUUCGCACUUGAGCUCGGACCUCAUGGAAUACGAGUAAAUUCUGUGAAUGCAGCACUAGUUAACACUCCACUUGUUCAAAAUAUGAUCAAGGAAGGAGAGCUAUCAGAAGAGUCCUGCACCUCUAGGAUACCAAUGGGCAGAAUCCUUCAAGUUCAGGAGAUAGUCGGUCCAAUUCUGUAUUUACUGAGUGAACAUUCAUCAAUGGUUACAGGGCAGAUGCAUGUUGUCGACGGCGGUGCCAUGUCAAAUAUUACAGUUAAAGUCAAAUGAUUAAUGUCAAUAACCAUCAAAGAACGAAAACAAAAAAGGAAAUGUAAAAUGUGAAUCAUUGAAGAUUAACAUAUUUCAUGAUUGCAGUUUGUAAAUUAUGUACACUUCAAGUAAAUACAAUUCAGAAAUGA